UACUGCAUUUAAGUAUAGAUGUGCACUAACGAUUAUGUGUUAGAGAAGAAUAAAGAAACAUCCCUCAGAACGCAGGAUCAAAGUCGAUGUUAAAUUCUUGGAAAGAUACAUAGGGCCAAAUUCAAUGGUAUUCGAACAAUGUCCAAACAGGAGAUAAGGUCAGUGCGCACGAAAUGAACACAGUAGACAUAACGGCCCAAUCUUCAGUCCCCAUGCACCUUGCUUGCCUUUGCCUUCACAUUGUUUUUCUGGCACAGUCAGUAUCUAUCUCGUCGCAGACUGUUAGUGGACGCUUUAAGAUACGUGAACGAAAAAUAACAGUGGCAAGUUGGUCAUCUCCGGUACGAUGCCUCGCAAAUCAUUAUUUUUCAUUGUGAUAUUAUUCAGCUUUAUUCUAUGUGUUGAAAACAAGACGAUUGGAAAUCGAAAUUUUCAAUCUAAUAUUUCAAAUAAUGCUUCGAGGGUUCAAGAUCAAAACAUAAAUGAAAACUUCGACUCCGAGGUAAUCAAAAGUGAACGCUCAAAUAGAAAAAUAAAUCACACUACUUGUAUUGGAAAUUGUAAUGAAAAAGAACAGAAAUUUUUAAGUGAAAGCAAGCACAUAUGCCCACAUGAAAGUAAGGAAUUGUGCUUAAUAUUCUCUUUGUCGAAAAUUGCUAAAGUUCAAGUGGCUAGUUUAAGUCAGCCUUCGACGCAUCACAGUUUAAAAUCAAAUAUUUUUGACAGUGUGUCAAAAGACGCCAGAAAUUCAAAAAUUAACGAAGAAAUAAAGGAGGAAGGACAGUUAAGGGUCAAUUUCAUAAAUCGAAACGAUGACAAAUAUUUUCAGAAUUCUUCGGAGAAACAGAUGAAAUCAUCGAACGUCCAUUGUCGAGCAGUUCACGAUGUUUAUAUACCAGAAGUGAAGCAGAAUUUACCAGCUUUUGCUUGUGUAUUUGGAAAUAAUACGUUCAUCUUAUCGAGUGAAAGAUUUCUUCAUGAUCGACGAACAUAUUUGGAUGUAAAGAUUGAGGAAAAUACAUUUAAAAAUAUAAAAUUUGCUCCGAAAAUGUCUAGAAUUAAUGGAUUUGACGUGGUACCUGCUCUACUUAUUUUAAAUCGCAUUAAUAAUAAUUACAGGAUAGAAACGCACAAAAAUAUCCCUAAUGAAGGAAAAGUCGAUCAAUCAGAAAGCCUUUAAGAGAUUAUCAAGAAAUAAUCGUGUUUCAUAGAAGAUUCAAAUACCCGGUGAUAAUUUUGAAUUCAUUAUCUUUUGUUAGGUACACAAUACAUGUAAAUAUGAUAAUUGUAAUUAUAUCAAUAACUACAUCUUUAUUGCAAUUGAAAGGAAAUUAAAUAAUUUUAUAAUGUAAUUUAAAAUA